GUAAGAAACUAUCACUAGCUGAUGCUGCAAAGAGCAUGGAUACUUACUUUCGUCUCACUGAUGGAAUCCUUAAUGUCAUAAAGGAGCAAGUUGAAGAUGAAGAGCUGCAAAAAUUGAUUGAUGGCUAUGACAGGUCAAAAUUUUUUAUACCUAUUGGUUAUGUGAGACAUUAUAAAGGAACUCUACAAGAUUUGAAAACUGAUGUUAUGAAACAUUCUGGAAUAAUUGAAGGAGAACUUAAAGUGGAUGAUAUAAUUGUUGAUCCGAUUAAAUCUGGUUAUGAUUUAAGUUCAAGACAAUCAAUGUUCUACAUCAGUACUGAUGGUAGUAUACAGCAAUGGACCAACGAAUGGAAACAACCUCCUCCUGAUAUAUUUCCUACUGCUUGGCGUGUUUUCCUUACAAAACGAGACAAAGCAUUGGUCAAUAAAGUGAAGAGUGGCUUAACCAAAGUGAUUACUGGCAUUACUGGAUUUGGGAGUGUUUAUGAAGAGGGAACUGAUAUUGAUUAUAUUCCAGAUGACAACCAGUAAUGCUAUGACUAU